AUGUCAAAGCCGAAAAGACAAAGUGGCAAUGUCCACUUAAAGCAAAAUCCUUCUUCAAAAGGAGAAAACAAUGAAAUAACGUUCGUUAUACUUCCGCGAGGAGCAGAGCUCCCUCGGUUAUCUUCACAACAAUUACCUCACACUCAGCAACAAAGGCGAGCAAUUGGUUCUCGAUUGAAAAGUAACAGCAUUUCAGAUAAAUCGGACUUCAGCUCUAGCGUUUCAUCAUCUGAUGAAACAAUGUCAGGUUGUAGUUAUGCGGGAGCUGGAUUUCACUCCCCUCCCAAUGCAGAACUACUUCCAUCACCACCCAUGCACUGGAUGAGCGGUGGCCAACCUACCUCUCACUCUGUGGCAAUCAACUUCCAGUUAAACCAAGCGCUUUCCGUUGCUGCCUUGACUUCACAUAUCAAAGGACUUUUGAAAGUUCCAGCCCAAGCAUGA